AUGAAGGCCAAGUUUGAGCUGCUCGACAAACUCUGCCAGAGUCUGCAAAGUCGCUUCACCGACAUAACCAUAGGGAUUCUCCAAGCUAUAAAGUUAGUGAAUCUGAACAGUUGGCCUGACGCAGAUCGCUCUAAAGAAUUUGGUGUGGAGGAAUUAACUACACAUUUCCAGAGCAUCCUGACAUCCUCGGGGGUCGCUGUUGAGCUCAUCCCAGAUCAGUGGACCAUACUCAAGACCAGACUGUAUGAGACGGGAGAGAGUCUCCACAUGAAGACCUGGCCAAAAAUCAACAGGUCUUUGCAACCGCAGUGCCCCAACAUCCUCAGCCUGGUUGACCUCAUUCUCACCGUACCAGCCUCUACUGCAGACUGUGAAAGAGGCUUCAAUCAAAUGAAGUUAGUGAAAAAUGACUGGAGGUCCCGUCUUACAUCAAGAAGCCUCUGUGACCUACUGACUGUCCAGCUAUCCAGUCCCUCUAUUGAGAAUUUUGACCCCACCCCUGCUAUCCAGCUCUGGCAUCAGGCUAGCAUCCGGCCUAGAAGGCCAGAGUUCAUGGAGGGGAAGAAGAACGCUCAGGAAAGUGCCUCUGAAACUUCAGAAUCUGAUUCUGAUGAGCAGGAGUAAAUUGUACUGGGAGGGGGGAGGAAUGUUAGUUUUUUGUUUAAUCUGCCCUACUCAUUUAAUGAAAUGUAUAUAAGUUUGUGUAUGUAUAAGAGAGAAAGACAAAGUGUCAGUGUUUCAUUGAGACUUGAG